ACACAAAAAAUACCUGAGAAUACCAACAGUCGCACAACAGCCUAACAACGCACCCUCGCCCCACCGCAACACCCCCUGCCAAUACAUUCCAUGACACUGCUAUCUGGAGGAAGUCCAGCCCGAGCCCUACUUAAAGAACACAAACUCUCAUUCAGAAAAACACUCUCUCUUUCUCUCACACACUACAGAUAACGAAUCUACGAAAACACUCUCCCUACUUUCUGUCUCUGUGGAACCCAUCUGAAGAUCAGGAUGCUUUGCUGUAGAGUGUGUGUCCUGGCUGUGCUGUUAUCUCUCCUCAUCCUCACACUCAUCCCCUCCACACAAUCAGCAGAUUGCUGUCUGAAGUACACUCGGCGUCCAGUGCCAUGCCGACGGCUGAAAGACUACACUUACCAGACCAUUACCUCUUCCUGUGACAUCCAUGCUGUCGUCUUCCACACCCGGAGGGACAAGUUUGUGUGUGCCGACCCCUCUCAAGACUGGACCAAGAGCGUACAACGCUGUCUGCUCAAGCGUCAGGAGAGGAAAUCUAAACUGAAGAAAAUUCUCUGAUCUCAAGAACUCAUGAACUGGAGAUGAUGUGGAGAGGGUUUCAUGACCUGGAGAUGAUUUGUGUGUGUGUGUGUGUUAUUUACCCUAUUUAUGCUUUACAAACAGCUAAAUAUCUCAAUAUGCAUAGAGUCACUGUUUCAGGAUGGUUCGCUUUUUAACCUGAGAUUUCUGUAUUCAUACAAAUCAUUUAAUAUCUGUGGUUAUUAUUGUUCAUCAUAUCUGUAUUGAUUCUGAAGGUGUUUGAGUUUCAUAUCAGUUUGUGUGUAACUCUAUGUAUCAAUGUUGUUGGUCUGUUUCAUAAACAGCAAGUGCAGUAUUCCUGAUAAACAUGAAAACAUCUGUUUUCACAGAGUACAACAAAAUAUUUUUGUGUUGUUUCAUAUCCUCUGUCCACUUGGAUCCAGAGAAAACCUUUUUAAUUUUGGCUUUUCAAAGUGUCCAAAUGUAUGUAUGCGUUUUCCUGAGGUGUACUGGGUUGUUUAAGCUAAGAGCUAUGAAAUAGAUAAUAAAA